UUGAGGUCCAACCGAUAAUCUCCGUCGUGGACGCGGGAGCUGCUCGGUCUCCUGCUUGGCUCCUUUCAUAUACAAACAGCCCGUCCUGUCAGAGAGAGUGCCGAGCCGGGCAUGUCGGAGGAAAGGAACGUUUCGGAGGAGUAUAGCACUGUUACCGCAGGUCAUUUAACAGCAUGCAACUUUAGUGGUCACAUGAGUGAAAUAUUUUAUCAUCGUGAUCAACAGAUGACUUUCAGAUCAGUUAAACAAGAUGUCAUCUGUCACUGAAAAUGGAGUCAGAUCCUCUGGGAAUCCAGCCAGAGAAAAAACCUAUAAAAAGACAACAUCUUCAGCAUUGAAGGGUGCAAUUCAGCUGGGAAUUGGAUAUGCAGUUGGAAAUCUUACUUCUAAGCCAGAGAGGGAUGUUCUCAUGCAAGAUUUUUAUGUGGUGGAAAGUGUAUUUCUUCCAAGUGAAGGUAGUAAUCUGACUCCGGCCCACCACUACCCAGAUUUCAGGUUCAAAACCUAUGCUCCCUUGGCUUUUCGCUACUUCAGAGAACUCUUUGGGAUCAAGCCAGAUGAUUACUUGUACUCUAUGUGUAAUGAGCCUCUAAUAGAGCUGUCUAAUCCAGGUGCUAGUGGUUCCUUAUUUUAUGUGACCAGUGAUGAUGAGUUUAUUAUCAAGACAGUUCAACAUAAAGAGGCAGAAUUUCUUCAAAAGUUAUUACCUGGAUAUUACAUGAAUCUCAAUCAGAAUCCAAGGACACUGCUGCCAAAGUUUUAUGGCCUCUACUGUGUACAGUCAGGUGGAAUAAACAUUAGGAUUGUUGUAAUGAACAAUAUAUUGCCACGUUCAGUGAAAAUGCAUUAUAAGUACGAUUUGAAAGGCUCAACCUAUAAGCGCAGAGCAUCACGCAAGGAACGUGAAAAAUCAUGCCCUACCUUUAAGGACUUGGAUUUUUUACAAGAUAUGCAUGAAGGCUUGUAUUUUGAUGCAGAAACUCACAAUGCCUUAAUGAAAACAGUAGAGAGAGACUGUAGGGUGCUGGAAAGCUUUAAAAUCAUGGACUACAGUUUGCUAUUGGGGAUCCAUAUUUUAGACCAGAGUCCAAAAGACAGCCAUGGAGAAAAUUUACAAGGGACUAUGGAUGGGAAAAAACCAGGUCCACAGAAAGUUCUGUACUCAACAGCAAUGGAGUCAAUUCAAGGAAGUGGAAGGUCAGGGGACACUGUAACAACAGAUAGCACAAUGGGCGGCAUUCCAGCCAGAACACACAAAGAAGAAAGGUUGCUUAUAUUUUUAGGCAUAAUAGACAUCUUACAAUCUUACAGGUUCAUCAAGAAGCUGGAACACUCCUGGAAAGCACUAGUAUAUGAUGGUGACUCCGUGUCAGUACAUAGACCAAGUUUCUACUCAGACAGAUUCCUAAAGUUCAUGAGCACCCGUGUUUUCAAGAAGAUUCAGCCUAUUAGGAGUUCCCCCUUAAGAAGAGUCCGCAAUUCCAUCCCAGCGCUGACUUCCUCCUCACAGGAAGUGCUGUCAUCCCAUACUGAGGACCGUGCAGAAGACAGAACGGAGAGACUUACUGGAACAAGAAGUCUUGCAAGCUUGGAAGGGAAAGUGUUUGGAUCACUGCAGCAGCCAGAUCUGGUGCCAAAUGCUCCAUCUCUUUUUGAAGCAUCCUCCUUAGCUACUACUAUCUCAUCUACUUCACUGUACACAAAUGAACGCUACCUGAUGAAUGACACUGGAGAUGUUGAAUGCAGAGAUAUGCUAGCCUCAAGUUCCACAUUUACCCUGGAGGACAGUGCCAUCUGCCUAACAUCAGAACAGAGCACGCUGGAAAAUGAUAAGGAUGAUGGUUCAGUGUAUGAUGUGUAUUUGUAAAGUAAAAUAUCUGUCAGACCUGACGAAGAUUAGAGUUUGGUGUCUACGAUGGACAAAUGAGCACUCCCAAGGUGACAGCAAGCCCUUCUGCCAGCAGCCGUAGCUCUCAGGCUGUGACAUUCCUGGCUGUCUGCUGGCCAUUUGCUUCAAAGCUGCUAACUCUGUGCACUUCAAUCAACAACUGCUCUGUCAUGAUGGACUUUGAAGAGGGCGAAAGUGAGUGAAAUGCUCCACAGUUUCCACUUCCACUCGCUCACAUUUGCAUGUCAGAACGUUGUUUGGUAUGCAGUCUAGACCCAUUGAUGUCACUUGGCUUCCUGACAUUCAAGCAUGCCAAAUUACACAUGAGAGUUGGGAUCUUUGAAUCAAUCGUUUUUACAAGUACAUCAUUAACUGAUCAUUUUUUAAUGAUUAAGCUGUUCCAAACCAAGUCAUGUUGCCAAAAUUAGAAGUGUAUUUAUAUAAUAAUGAUGUUUACAAUGUUUCACACAUGCUGGAGAGCCAAGACUUCAAGGAAUUCCUGGAUGAAGAGGAUCUGCAAUGCUCAGAGGAGCUGAUAAUUUAACGCUCAGGCUAACUGCAAAAUCGCAGCAACCAAAAUCUUUGCCCUUCAUUUUCUUAGUCUCGCACUUAUCAUGAUGCGGAGUACCACGCAGGACUUUGCCUGCUUCCCUUUUAUAACAUAUGGCAAUGGGGUCUUGUGAGUGGCCUCCUUUCAGUUCUUCUCUUUAUACAUUAUAUGGUUUAUAUUAUGGUACCACAUUACUGGCUUGCUCACAGGCACAGCAGUUUGUCCUUCUGGUAUCGGGUGCCAUCUCUGCAGGGUUUGCUUGUGAUCUGUCAGCUUUAACUAUGGUAUGUCUUGAGAUUUCUGUUCCACACAAAAGAUGAACCGUCAUUAUAAAAUGUCAAGUGACUGUGCGAAAGUGGAUGUGCUGACUUGAUGGAAUGUACAUACUGCAUCAGAGUAGUGAAAUGGCAGCAGAAAUGAAACAAACGAUAUUAGUGAAUACACACUAAAACUCGGUUUGAUUCCCAGCCUUGACACUUUUUCUGUGUGCAGGUUGCACGUUCUUCUCUCUGUCCAGGUGGGUAUUCUUCAGGUUCUCCAAAAUACUCCCACAUCCCAAAGAUGUCCAUUUUAGGUGAACUGGCUUGCUGUGAAUGACACUGUGAUGGCCUGUCUCCUGAUGUGGCAAAUGUCUUGGCUCCCACUUUUCUUUACUGAAAAAAAGCUGCUUGAUAAAAUGGAUGCAGCAAGGCCAGAAAUAUUAUUUUGGAGAAAUUGGGUGAGUAGGAUUGACAAGCUUAUUGGGCUUAAUGGUCUGUUCUCAUCAAAAUUAUGUUAACGCACUAAUAAUGCGUUGACUGCGACUCUUAUUUAAAAUGUUGUGACUUAAUUACUUGAUAAAGUAAUCUUCAAAGCACUCCACGUAUUAAGUCACUAACAAUUAACAGAUGAAUUAGUGGAAAUCUCCUCAGUCCCCACACCAGUUCCAAGGACUCAGCCUUAUCUAAAAUUAUAACAUAAAUGAGGCCUCCCUGGCAUCAUUCCAGAGCAGGUAGCAAGAGAAAAAACGUCCUGUAAUUGUACACCUUUUCUAAACUAAUAUUAUUUGGAUGCUGUGUAUUUGCGAAUAUAUUUUGUAUACAUUGCUAAUAACAUGUACUCUAUUUUUGUCACUUUGAAUCUUUCUACUUUUCUGCUGUUUGCUGAUAGAAGAACAAGUUGGCACCAUGUCAGACGGGCGUGUGCCGUUUGGCUUCACUGUGACGGUAAGCUGUGCAGUGUCAUGAUGUUUCAGCUCAUUUCAGUUGAAAUGGCUCUCCAGGCAGUGGGUGAGGCCACUUACGGCCAACACAGACCUCUUUGCCAAAGGCUGCCAGUGUGAAAUGAUUGUUUUUAGGUUACGGCGAGAACUGUUUCUAAAUCAGAACGCCAAACUUCUUUUAGCUGUGAAAAGCUGCUGAUGUUUAUUCUUUAAAUACAAAGCAAUGUGCACAGAACGCAUAUGACCCGUCAUUCACAACAGGCAGAGAAGGAUGAAAACGCACACUGAAUGUAUAUAGAGCCUCCAACCAGAUCUUGUAUCCAUUUGUAAAUAAGUUGUUUUAAUUUAUUCUUCUCCAGAUACUUUGUGGUUUUUGAAUGUCUCCUGUACAAAAUGCUACUGGGACCGAAUCAUAGCGCUUGUGUCGUACAGCUUGUGUAGCCUAUAAGUGUACUUCGACAUAAAUGAUUCUUAAGAGAGAGAUUCUAAUUUAUUAUUUAUGAAAAGAACUUUAUGUAGUUUGCUGAAAGUGAAAAUAUUUUAUUCUAUUCCUGAGAUAAAGAGGUGUAUUUUAGUGAAGACAAAAACAGAUGUAUGUAAUAUUAAAUGUUUUAUGCUGAA